CUCUUCACAAAGAGAACAAAGGGAGCUGACUAUACUGUCAGGCACUAAAAUACGAUGAAAUUAAGGGCCUUGUACCAGCUUAUCUACCUCAGUGCUUUUAUACCAAAUUUAAAAGGAGCAUGUACCACUGAUAAAAUCCUCCUGAGGUGGCCAUUGACUCCAGAAGUUUGUAGUGACCAGGUCCUAUCUAAUCCUGAUCUACGGUUCUCUAACUGUCCUCACCCGUUCGUCCAGGACCUUCCUGCGCCCCACACACCGCCGGUCUCUCCAUUUUCCGUCAAUCUUUCCGCUGUUUCAGUCCUGGAUUUACGUAUUAAUACUGCGCCGUCCGGGGAUUAUGGAUUCUCAGCCUUUGUAAAACCAGCUACAAAUGACGACAGUUGUAUUCUCCAUUACAAAUCAGACGACGACAGUUUUGAGAUGAAGUUCCUUUCCACAGCCUCCGGAACAAAUGCCUCAGUCAUUGGAUGGGACUCCUCCGCUUCCAAUGCCUUACAGGUUGGGCAGUGGCAGAGGAUUGCUAUGGCAAUGGAUGCUAGUCAGUCAAAGCUCAAUUUAAUUAUUGAAGGAGCGCCUUUUGAUGACACUGAUGUGAACAUCUUUGGAUGGAAGCCUGAAAUUAUAGCCCCAAGCUUUAAAACACCAGGUACACUGAGAGUUGGGGGAUGUUUUGACGGAGAAACAUUCAGCGGAUUGGUGUCAUGUGUUGGUUUUGUUGAGGACAAAAACAUUGACUGUUCCUCGGGUUGCUAUGAUUCAAGUUCCUGGACUUCAUUCAAUAUGUAUCCAGAGAAAAGACACUAUGGGACAUUCUUGCCUACUGAAAGCGGAAAAAUACCAAUUCAGACUCCGAUCAGCGCAACUUUCGCCGACAGUAUGAGUUUUUGUGCAUUACAAUGCCUGAAGGAUGUCUUACUUUGUGUAAGCUUGGCGUAUAACAGCAUCACCGGAGUUUGUUCUUUUUAUCGGGAUUUCUUUUUCGUUACCCUGACUGCCUCUCCUAAUACUACCCUCUAUGUUUUACAGCCAUACUGAGUACUUGAUUGUUAACAAUUCUAUUCGGUUUAUUAUUGUUUUUACUAAAUAAAACUUUGCCAAAGUUGCAUCAGAGAUGUUUUAAAUACAUCAAUCUAUAUUCUUUCAUGUCCAAAGAUAUUUGUUUAACCUUUUUCUUAGUUGCUUUUUUUGCCGCCUUU